AUGUGGAAGACAUAUAAUAACUGUUUGCCGGUGGAUGAUCGUGUUCGCAGGGCAGGGAUUAUGUUGGUUUCUAAAUGUGAUUGCUGUGACAAUAGGGGAUAUGAGGAUCAGAGUCAUGUACUUGCACUUGGGACUUUUGCCGAACAGGUAUGGAGUAAAUGUUGCUCUACUCUUGCUAUUCCUCAGAUGGAUGGUCGAAACUGGAAAGAAAAAGUGGAAAUAUGGUUUAGGCGUGCUAAAUUUUCAACUCAACCAGGCCAAUUAAUUGGUCUUCUUCCUAGCAGAAUCACAUGGAAGUUAUGGACUCGGCGGUGCUUGGCUAGAAUGGAAGGAAAACAUGAGUCUUUACUUUCGGUGUGGACUUCUAUCAAAUAUUGGUUGGGUUUGAUUGGGGAAAAUUUGAAGAGUUCCUCCAGUUUGUCUAAGCGAGAUGAGGAGAUUUUAUUGAUGUCUAAUAUACCUGUUAAGCAUAAACAUAUAGAUUAUUUGCCUUUGAAAUGGGAGAAACCGAAGGAAGGCUGGCACAAGUUAAAUGUGGAUGGCUGUUCGUUGGGGAACCCAGGUUCAUCCGGUGCAGGCGGAGCUAUUAGAAAUUGUAAAGGGAAGCUAGUUUCAGGUUUUGCAAUAGCUACAGGGAACCAAUCUAACAAUAUUGCUGAAUUUUUGAGCUUGGUGCAGGGCAUGCGAAUUAUUGGGGGCUUCUGGAUUGAAUCAGAAGCUCAGAGUUACCUCUUGAAAUUAGAGGAAUUCUUCGCGUGGAUGCUGCAUCUAGGAGAGCGUAAAUGCCAAUACAUUGAAUUCACACCGACUUCUGAUCUCUUUAGUCGCAUAAUUGACACAAUCUCGGCAGGUGUCAUUAGAAACAUCACCUCGGCAGAGGAAGAGACCCUAGAUGCCACCAUUGGAAUCGUUGUAGAAGCUGUUGCUUUGGGAAGCUUUAGUGGAUAA